UACGUGACUCAUUCCGCGUGACGAGCUGUCGUCACAGGGCCUGGACAGGGAAGAGUGAGGAGAAACAACAACACAUCAAAUUCUGUGUGUUCAGUGCAGGGUGCUAGUUUAACGUCACUGCGUUUCUUUUAUAUACCGGCAUACAAACUAGAAGAUUUUGCGACCCCCCACUAAAGUUUCACACACGGUUUUACUGUCGUUAAAAGCCAGGAUGUCUUUGUUUGGGAAAUUGUUUGGUAGCAGUGGCAAAGGAGGUAAAGCUCCCAGUCCUCAGGAGGCUAUCCAGCGACUUCGAGAUACAGAGGAGAUGUUGACGAAGAAACAAGAAUUUCUGGAAAAAAAGAUUGAACAGGAACUGCUCACGGCAAAGCGAAACGGAACAAAGAACAAAAGAGCUGCACUACAAGCAUUGAAGCGCAAGAAGCGAUAUGAGAAGCAGUUGGCUCAGAUUGAUGGAACAUUGUCCACCAUUGAGUUCCAGAGGGAGGCGCUGGAGAAUGCCAACACUAACACUGAGGUCAUCAAGAACAUGGGUUUUGCUGCUAAGGCCAUGAAAGCUGCUCAUGAUAACAUGGACAUAGACAAAGUUGACGAACUCAUGCAGGAUAUCACAGAGCAGCAGGAGUUGGCACAAGAAAUCUCCGAUGCAAUUUCUAAGCCUGUUGGGUUUGGCGAGGAGUUUGAUGAGGAUGAGCUGCUGGCUGAAUUGGAGGAGUUGGAGCAGGAAGAGCUAGAUAAGAACCUGCUAGAGAUUGGAGGCACAGAGAAUGUACCGCUGCCAAAUGUACCCUCCACAUCCCUACCUUCUAGACCAGCAAAGAAAAAAGAAGAGGAGGAUGAUGAUGACAUGAAGGACCUGGAGGCUUGGGCAGCCAAUUAAUCCCUGCUGUUGGUCACAAAAACAUACCCCCACAUCACACGUAAACAGUUGCAGCUGGUCAAACCAGACAGAUUUGAUGGUUUAGUGCGAAGUUUUUUGGACUGAUAAACACUGCAACGAUGAAACAAAUACUACUACUCAAAAUACAUCCUGCCACACUUUUAGAAUUUCACCACAAGUUAUGUCAUCAAGCAUGAUAAAUAUUAAGCUGCAUAUCUCUCAAUGCUCUUCCUCAUUGGUGGACCUAGAAAAAAGUAUGUUUUUUGGAAGCCCCUCUAUUAUGUGAAGUAUUUAUCCACAUCUUGUUCUCAAACACUCCCAUGGCAAAGAACCCUGUAUAAAUUAUGUGUAUUAUUUUAAAUGGGAAAGGAAACAGAUUAUUCCUAUGUCCACAAAACAUUUACAUUCACUUGAAAGGUUUAUGAUUUAUCUGUUUCUUCUUCCCCAACUAUUAACACUGGGUUAUACAAACACUAAUUUCUUUAUGAAAAUUGCUUUAUUGAAAAUAGGAUUUCUUUGUCCCCUGCUGUAUUGAGCAUAAAGUAGAAGAGUUCUUGAGUGGAAUAGUCAAAACCAUGACCAAAGCUCAUCAAGCAUAUUUAUGUGCUGGUUUUGAAAAAUUCUCUUGAAGUGCCCUCUUUGUAAACAACUUUUGAAACAUGUCAUGUGAAUUACACUUUUCUGAUAUGCUUGUGUAAGCAUGUAUCUGAAUGACUCUGAUAUUUAAUGCUACUAAUGAUUUCAUGAUUUAUUUUGAGAAAGUUCUAGAUUCCCAAGGAAUGAUGUGUCUGCUUUUUAAGUAUGAAUGUGUUUUGCAAAUGGGGUUAGGGAUACAGAUUAAUGUAAUGUCAUUUUAUUUUUGCAGUGUUGGUUAUGCUUCUGGGUUCAUCCUGGUACAUUGGUUUGUUUGUUUUUUUUUUUCCUUAGAUUUUCUCUUGUUUAAAAGUAACUUUAUAAGCAGCAAUUUAUGACACUUAUAUGGCAUUUAGAUUUAUUGACAUUAGUGUUUAUGUGCAAAGCUACUUAUCUUUGCUGGUAAAUGCAGCUGUCUUCUUUCCCAUUUACAGCCUCCCCAUCUUGCAUUAUAUUGACAUGCCUUUCAGUGUCCUUUUAACAAAAAUUAAAGGUUUUGUUAAAUGACUCCUAUUCUAGAAUUUUUUUUGAACCCUUUCAGUUACUUUGACCCUGAUUUGUGUGGUUGAAAAUUAUUUCACCAUGUAAAAUUGUUUUCCAUCUAUAGAAUCAUAAAAUGUGUUGUAUAUCUUUGUAUAUGUAUUGAUUAAAAUAUUGUUGAAAAGCAGAAACCAAAUGGAAUAUCUCAGAUUUAAAUAUAUCCCCAUUUUCCUUUUUUACACAGAUGUCCAUGUAAUAAUGUACUGGUUUGUCCAGUACAUGCACAUGGUGAAGAGCUCGUUUGUAACAGCUUGAUGACUGUUUUUUUUUUUUUUUUUUUUUGUUUGUUUUGUUUUGUCUGGUGAAGGACACUCCUGAACCAACUUAGUGUCUGCAACAAUGCAGACUGAUUUGUACAGGAUGAAAACAUAUUUGUAUGUUUUCAUUACCUUGUUGGAUUUAUUACUGUUAUUAAAAUGUAUUGAAUUA